AUGCCUCCCCCACCCCCCGCCCCUCCCGUCUUCUACAGCUUCUCCGACUCUGACGUCCUCGUCGACUCGCUCGCCAACUUUGUCGUCAAGGCCCAGCGAGAUGCCGUCGAGAAACGCGGUAAAUUCACCAUUGCCCUGUCCCGAGGUUCCCUCGCGGCCAAUCUGAGAGGUCUUGUUGGUCAGGAGAAUGUCCAGUGGGACAAGUGGGAGGUUUUCUUUUGCGACGAGGCCGCCGUGCCCCUCGAAGACGAGGACUCUAAUUACCACUCCAACUACCUCUCCUUCUUAUCCACCGUCCCCAUCCCGCCCAAGCAGAUCCACACUAUCGACGUCACCCAGCUCGACGACCUCGAAGAGCUUGCGGAUCAGUACGAAAAGCAGCUUGUCAACCACUUUGCGGCAAGCAAUGCCGCGAGGUACCCUGUGUUUGACUUGAUGCUCUUGGGUAUUGGACCGGAUGGAGAGACCUGUAGUUUGUUCCCUGGGCACGAGAUCCUGACUGAAAAGGACGCGUGGGUCUCUUACAUCGAUGACGCGCCCAGAGGGCCCAAGAGGAGAAUCACCAUGACGCUGCCAGUAUUGACACACUGUUACCGUGCGGUGUUUGUGGCCACCGGCAAGGAAAAGGCCGAGAUGCUGCAUACCAUCCUCGACAAGCCCGAAGCCGGCCUGCCUUGCUCUCGCGUCCGACCUGCCUCCCCCGGUCUCGUUUUCUGGUUUGCCGACGCCGACGCUGCCUCUGCCACUGAAACCCCCGCGACAACAUUCAGGUGGAUAGAUAACGAAAAGGAAGCAAAGGAGGCCGUGGAGGGCGCAAAGAGGAAGGCGUUGAGGAAGCAGAAGGAAGCAGAAGAGGCCAAGACGGAGGCGUAA